AUGGAGACUCUCCAUCGUCACAAAGCACUGAGUCAUCGGAAAAAGCAACCUUCAGUGAUGCCACUCAUGGAUUCACCACUGGUGCAACCUCUAAGAACAAUAACAACGACAACAACAUGCAAAAAGUGCAAGAAGGGGAUUAAUGGAAGCAAAACAGGGGUGGGUGGAAGGAUCGCGUUUAGAACCAAAUCAGAGCUUGAGAUCAUGGAUGAUGGAUACAAGUGGAGAAAGUACGGCAAGAAGUCCGUGAAGAGCAGUCCCAAUUUAAGGAACUACUACAAAUGUUCAAGUGGAGGAUGCAUUGUGAAGAAAAGGGUGGAAAGGGACAGAGAGGACUCCAGCUAUGUGAUAACAACUUAUGAAGGUGUGCACAAUCAUGAGAGCCCUUUUUCCACAUACUACAGCCCCAUCUCCUUCUUACAUUCAGAUGAUUUUACAUCCACCAAAUGA